GAGACGUCACUUCCGCAUCCGCAUGUGGUCCGCGCUUCGGCUCAGAGUGGCGACAGCGACUAUACGCCGUACAACACGAGCAGGCGGAGAUGGCGGAGUUGUCUCUUUAUCUUGCCAACGUUAACGUGUCCCUGGGCCAGACCAUGGAGGCUGAGAAGAGCCCAGGCCCUGCGAAGGACUUCGAGCGUGUGGAGCUCGGCGAGAUGGGGAAAGGGGCGCAGCAGAAGCAGAAGGUCCCACGGCGGAUCAUCCACUUUGCAAGCGGGGAGACCAUGGAGGAAUACAGCACAGAUGAAGAGGAGGUCGAGGAGAAGGUGAAGAAGGAGCUGCCACCACCGGUGGAGCCUUCCAAGCUGACAUGGGGUCCAUACUUCUGGUUCUACAUGUGGAGAGUUGCUACGUCCACACUCUCGGCGUGUGACUACCUUGGAGAAAGGAUGGCCUCGCUCUUUGGCAUCACCUCGCCCAAGUACCAGUACGCCAUCGACGAGUACUACAGGAUGAAGAAGGAGGAGGAAGAGGAGGAGGAGGAGAAUCGUAUGUCAGAGGAGGCCGAGCGCAGAUUCGACGAGCAGCAGCGACAAGGAGGACAGGAGGCCGCAACGGAGCAGCCCGGAGGCUCCGCCUCAUUUCUCAACGUCACCUUUGAGCUGGAGGCGGAGCCCCACACUGUCCCCACCCCCGUUUCCACCUAAACCACGUCCCCACUCAUUAUCUGCCUACUCGUUAAACAGACACCCCUCCUGAGCUUAGCAAAAUCACGUCUUUCGUAUCCCCCCACUCCGAUUUUGAUGCAUGUGCCUUUGCUUGUUGGUGACAACAAGUUUGUUCCAACUCUCUGCAAAAAAAAAAGUGUUUUUAAUGUCAGUCGUUGGCAGAUGUGAUGUUACUUUCCUUGUCUGCGUGUGUGUGAGUUAAACGGACCCUAAAUGACCUUUAUCCUUGAGUAACCAUAACUCAAGCUCCAACAACCUUUGUGCUGUGACUCGGACAGGUUAAGGCAAUGCACUGGUGCUGACGUUUAACCAGGUUAUCUACCACUGUACACCUUAAUCUCACUUAAGUGCUUGAGCAUUUAUUUGCAUGUUAUGUGAUUCACUGGAUGUUUUUUUUCAGGAAUGUUUCACAUACUUUAUGGAAUUCCACUAGAAUCAGUAGAAUACUUUAUUCCCCCGAUAUGACUAAGCACUACAGCACCGCCCUUCUGUGCGUGCCGUGAGAAUUAAUUUAGUGAAUUUUUUUUUUGUGUUGACAUUCUAUCAUUCCAGGCACAAAGGUGUCAUUAACGGUGAAUGUUACAAGCUGGUUGACUGACAUCUGAUACAGGUAAAACUGAGUAUAUAUGCAUUUUUUUAAUGAAAAAAAAAAUGACUGUUUUGGUUUUUGCAUUUUGAUGUUGGAACUGAUCGUGUUCUGAUUUCAAUGCGACUCUGAAUUUGGGAGAGGCCUGCCCGUUCGAUGCGGUCUGAACUUUUCGUUGCAGCGUUCGCUAAGUCUGCUAACAUGGCCGUGUCGACUUGGUGCGAGGCUGCACUCGCGUCUCUUCCUUGGAACCUGUACGUGAUUUCGGCAGCUGCUGCAGCCCAGAGGUGUAACUGAUCUCUUCCACUGGAAAGGCUGCUGUAUUCUAGGCCGGUAAAUAAGCUUCUAGGUUACAGGCAUGUUGUCAGGUGGAACGUCUCACAUUAACAUUUUCAGAUUGCUGACUUAUUAGCCAAGGGAAAUUUGGGGGGGGGGGGGG